AUGACAAGAGAAAGAAUGAGUGCUGUACACAAACGGACCUGCCAGUCUUGUAACAAGACCUUCUCCAAGGCGGAGCAUCUCACGCGCCAUCUUCGCAGCCACACCAAAGAACGCCCCUACACCUGUUCGAUCUGCCGAAAGCUGUAUUCGCGUAGUGAUGUGCUGCGACGACAUGAGAAGAGCCAUCGACAUGCCUCGGUCUCGACGCCAGAGCACCCGGUCCCGGAAACUACGAUGGUCACCCCUCUAUCCCAGGAAACACACAACGCCCCGCCGUUGAUCCUAGACUGCUCCGCCAACAUGUCUGGAAUAUCUAGCCAUUCUCUCGGUGUGGAUGAGCUCCCGUCGAUAGAUCCCCAGUCACUCCACGACCCCGUCCUCACUAUCGAUCCAAGCUCUUGGUUGCUGGGGACUGAGUUGGACGUGGAUGCAUUGGACUUUACAUUAUCAUCGGCUGUAUCAGAGUGGGCGCAGCUACCUCCGCGCCCUCUCUCAGCGGGUACGGGCGAUGUGUACCCCUUUGGGGCAAUACCGACAGAUCCUCAACAGCAACCGGCCGACCACGUAAGGCAAAAAUGGUUCAGUCGGCUAACCGUCGAGGAAGGCGCGUGGAACUUGCAGUCAGCAUUUACCAACCGCGGGAGCUCCUUGGGCCAGGGAAUCGUCGCGGCUGACGAGAAUUACCGGGCAGGCCUGUCACAAAGGCUCCAGCCUCGCAUGCACUAUGAGAAUCUCCCACCGUCUGACCAACUAAACCUUUUCGCGAACCUCUUCUUCCGCCGCUUCAACUCCCUCCUGCCUAUCGUGCAUUUGCCCUCGUUCAGACCCACCCCGGAGAACUCUUUACUUUUCAUCUCGAUUUGCUCGGUCGGCAGCCUGUUCGUGGGAUCCGCCUCUGCUGUUGCGCAAGGGGUCCGUCUAUUCGAGAGAUUGAACAAAGCGAUUCUGGCAUCCUGGGAGGCAAUCUUGUCAAAUAGCCCCUCUGAUGCCUUGUCAAUGGUACAGGCUGCCGUUCUUGGUCAGACGUUUGCGAUUCUAUCGGGGCGUCCUAAAUCCCUCGUUCUGGCAGACGUGCUACAUGGAACAGCAAUGGCGUGGGCCCGGGAGUCUGCAAAAACCGCGCUUCCAGUACCGUGUGAUCUUCAGAACUUGGACCCAACCAGAGUCGAUCUGAACGGGCAGUGGAGUCGGUGGAUUGAUCAUGAACAGCGAGGGCGGGUAGAGAUUGCCUUUAAUAUCCACGAUGCGGAGCUCGCCAGUCUGUUGCACCACGAGCCUCUCCGUAAACAUCGAUUCAGCCAGUAUCCACGUGUAGCUUCUGACGCAUUGUUCACCGCAUCGACUGCGUCCCGAUGGGCAGAGCUCUACAAGAAAACGCCAACCCAAUACUUAUCACUUGCUAUUCCGGAGGACCCGCUCCAGACAGCCGUCGCACACUCCAAGUUCUCAGCAUAUGGAGUCCUGGAAAGUAUAAAUGCACAUGCAAUUGAGUCUCGGCGGUCAAAUGUUUUCGAUGAGCAUGAAUCUAGACGAUUGUCAAGCAUGCUCAUGCGGUGGUGGAGAAUCUACACCAACCACUUUCCCGUAGAUUCCGAGGACGACCCUUUUAGUUUACCGGUUCUGUGGCACUCGGUUUUCAUUGGCAUCUAUGCUGAUAUAGACCUGCUGGAGCAGGCCAUCGGCCGUGAUGGCCAGGAAGUUGCUAGCUCCAGCGCGUCUCUUAUCCGUUCAUGGGCUAGCUCCCUGGAUGCGAGUAGGUGCUUGGUACAUGCACUACUAAUCCAGCAAAACCUUGAACGAAUGCGCGUGUCAUCAGAGCCUUCAAUCCACGUACCUCGUGCUCUUUUCAGCGCAGCUCUGGCGUGGUUCUGUUUUACUCGCGUUGGCGGUCGGCAUGCGAUUGACACCAACGCAUUUGACGCGCCCGAGAUCCAACUAGUAGGGAGUUUUGCAGGCCACCAUAACCAUCAGGGUCGAGAUUUGAGCGACGCUACUUUCGCCAACGUCAGCCACUUGCACCGUGUGAUUGAUCUCCUGAACCGAUUUAACCGAUGGGGCAUUUCGCAAACGUUUGCCUCGGUUUUGUGUGCGGCUUUGGAAAAUAAGCAGAGUUCAUGA